AAUCUGUCAAAUCUUACUUGCUACUAAAGUCAAGUGAAAUAUCUUGGAACUUUUUGCUUGUGUUAUGAAAAUUGGGAACAAUUGAGCCGACAAGAAAAUGGGGAAAAAAAAGUCGAAGCUGCAAUCGCUGUUUGGCGCAAGAAUAACUGCUGCCAAGAGGAUGCCAAUGAAUCCCAAAAAAGCUGAUUCCACUCGCAUAGAGGCAGCUCCAGUAUCCAGUGUUCCAGGGGCGGAUUCAAUUGCUGCCCCCUGCGCAGGACUCGAACGUCCUGUACCGCGACAACGUGGCCGUCCACGUAAGAAUCCUUUGGGCCCUGAAGUGACCGUCAAACGAGAGGAAAGCGUUAACAACACGAAUGCCAUAGUCAAGGUGCUGCUGCGCUCCUUGAAGGAUCACAACAAGCCCAUGGCUACGGCCAACAAUGGCUUUGCUCGCGGCCUCAAGCCGGAUACAAUUGUAGCCGGCUUCCGCCAUGAGGGCCAACUGAUGUUCGCCGUUAAGUUCAAGAAUCGCAAAUUGCCUGAAUUAAUCAGUUCAAUGGAAUUAAAGCUGCGUGCCCCCAGUUUGCUGAUUCAAUAUUACGUAACGAAUUUGCAGUACCCUCACCAUGAGUGCAAUUAGAAAUGUAUUUAAUUU